GUUUGGCUGAGUUAGUGAACACAUGAUGUUUCUGAGGAGCUGCACCGUCCUGAUCCUGCUGCUGGGCCUGGCCGCCGCUGCAGUGUUUGUGGAGAAGCGCGAGGCCAGCACGGUGCUGCAAAGAUGGCGGCGUGCCAACAGCGGCUUCCUGGAGGAGCUGCAGCAAGGAAACCUGGAGAGGGAGUGCGUCGAGGAGGUGUGCGACUACGAGGAGGCCAGGGAGGUUUUCGAGGACGAUGGCAAGACGAAACAGUUCUAGCUGACGUAUGAACGU